CAAAACUUUAAAUCAGAGAAAUUUUACAGACGCUUAUAGCAAUUAAAAAAAAAAAUCCAUCCUUCUGCAACAUAAAGGAAAUCUGAACAGAGAAUUUAUAAAAUAAGCCUCCAGAGAAGGAGAUGGAAUAAGAACAAUCGAUCCUGGGUUCUGGCUGGUUCGUGACAUGGCUGAGAACACAGGAAUAAAAGAGCGUAUGCAUGUUGAGUUCCUUGAUUCUUCAUACUGGUUUUAAAUCUAUACUCAGUUAUGCCAUUUUACAAGGAAUUAAUUUGGUACUUUUUUCACAGAUUUGAUGGAAUUUAGAAGGAAUUUAACCAUGAAAAACCUUACAAUGGUGACAACAUUUAUUUUUGUGGGACUAACGGAUGACCCAAACUGGCAAAUUGUAAUUUUCCUUUUUCUGUUUCUAACAUAUUUAUUGAGUAUCACUGGAAAUCUGACUAUUAUCCUGCUCACUCUUCUGGACUCCCACCUCAAAACACCCAUGUAUUUCUUCCUUCGGAAUUUUUCAUUCUUAGAAAUCUCAUUGACGACUGUCUGUAUUCCUAGAUACUUGUUCAGCAUAAUGACUAUGGAUAAAACGAUUUCCUAUGAUGCUUGUGCGACGCAAUUAUUUUUUGCCAUCUUCUUGGGUGCAUCAGAGUUUUUCCUGUUGGCUGCCAUGUCUUAUGACCGCUAUGUGGCCAUCUGCCAACCCCUUCACUAUGCAACAACCAUGAGCAGCAGAGUCUGCACCCAGCUGGUUGUCACCUCCUGGUCGACUGGGUUGUUAACAAUCUCUCCUGGGCUUAUCAUGGGUCUGGGGCUGGAGUUCUGUGAUGCCAACAUUAUUGACCACUUUUUCUGUGACUAUUCUCCUCUCCUGAAACUCUCCUGCACAGACACAUGGGUCAUAGAAUUGUUAAGUUUUAUUUUAGCCAUUGCCACACUCCUGAUAACUUUGGCACUGGUGAUACUCUCCUAUGCAUGUAUCAUAAGAACGAUUCUGAAGAUCCCUUCUGCCCAGCAGAGGAAGAAAGCUUUUUCCACCUGUUCCUCCCACAUGAUUGUUGUCUCUCUCUUUUAUGGCAGCUGCAUUUUUACAUAUAUUAAGCCUUCUGCAGAGGAAAGGGUAGCUUUCAACAAGGGGGUAGCAAUACUCACCAUUUCAAUUGUACCUGUCUUAAAUCCUUUUAUAUAUACCCUAAGAAACAAACAGGUGAAACAAGCCCUAAAAGAUAUAAUUAAAAAAUGUAUCCUUAUUGCCUUAAGAUAA